CAUACGAGUGCCUGGCAUUGUAUAAAUUUAACCAGGUUAUGACGUCACAGGAACUCAUUAAUUCCAGAGCACCCGAUGACAUAUUGUCACCCUGUUUGGUGGCGCCAAAACAACUUUACCCAGAAAACAUCACCAACAACACAACACCAUUUGGUGGCUUGGCCAGGAGUUUGUAUUAUGGCAAGUCAGAAAUAUUGGUAGCCAAACCAAGCGUGGUAACAUAGUUUUAAUCUUUACUGUUUCAAUUAUUGUCAUUAUUGUAAUUUCACAUAAAAUGAGUAGAGGCAAUAUAAUGCAUCACAGUUCAAUGCAAUUUAAUACAAUACAAUAUACAAUAGAGUGCAACACCUUACAAGAACUCACAAUACAAUAAUUUACAAAUAAAGACCUACCGAAUUUUGGCUUCGGUUUCAACACCUAAAGUUGCCAAUUGAUCACUUUAGGCGCAGUUUCGGUUUCUGACGAAACACAAAUUUAACUUUCGCGGUCUAUUUUCGAUUUCGGCCGAAAGUGAUGAGCCUUUCGUUUGCGUACCAUAAGUCAGAUUGACUGUAGGCCGGCAAUCCAAUCGCGUACCAUAAGUCAGAUUGACUGUAGGCCGGCAAUCCAAUCGCGUACCAUAAGUCAGAUUGACUGUAGGCCGGCAAUCCAAUAGCGUACCAUAAGUCAGAUUGACUGUAGGCUAGCAAUCCAACAGCGUACCAUAAGUCAGAUUGACUGUAAGGCCGGCAAUCCAAUAGCGUACCAUAAGUCAGAAUGACUGUAGGCCGGCAAUCCAAUAUACAUUUUUGCUCGACGUCUUGCUGUCAUCGUAUUUUAUAUUAUAUGACUACUCCUCCGCAACAACUGUGCAAAGCUACAUGAUGACACACUCGUACUAUAUUUCCAAAAAGCAGAUCUCCAUUAAGCUGAAGCAAAGAUAGAUAGUUUUGUGAAUAACAGCUACGGGAAUAUAAAUAUAUUUUGUUUUUCAAAAAAUAAAAUUUGGGAACCCUAGACAAGGUUUAUUUCAUUCAUUCAUUUGUGACAUUCAUUUUGAUUAUUCAUUAUCAUGAUCAUCAAUGUUGUGAUGGGCAACGGUAAAUAAUAUUUGAAAAUCCCAGGGAAGGGUGAUAUUUACAUAAUUAUUUUUUUAAAUCUUUUUUUUUUUUAAAGGGGAUCUUAGGGCCAUUCAAUUCGCUAAUUUUUUUUUGAAAUUCGUCUUUAUCAUGCUGAUAAACAUUGCUAUUGAUAUAAGAACACAUGUGUGCAUGUUACAAUGGUUCAAUAAUCAUUUUCUAGUAAGCCUACUGAAGACCUAUUUAUUUUUAUGAUAUUGUCGACCAAUUUAGAUGUCCUUUGUGGUUCUAAGCCAUGACUAUGAUUUGACGAGACCAGGUUAAAACAUCGUUUACCCCACCAAUGAGGGUGAGGGAGGUUGGCAGCCACACGAAAUCAUUGCGUCACCAGCAAAGAAAGAUCAGCUGCUUGUGUUAGGCUAAAUAUUAGCACAGCGAUAUCUUUCCAUCUAUUUAUGAAAAGCACAAAGCAUAGUAUGACGCUAAACGCUAACGAUUGAGGUGGUAGUUGUAUAGCCUCAAUAACAGAUUUUAAGGUGACAGUUGGCUCUGUUAGAGAUUGUCAAGAUAGAUUUUGUAGAAUUUAUGCAUACAUAUUGGUACAUUCGGGUGACUGGUAUUUUUUUAAAAAAUGCAUUCUCAACUGCUUCGCACGGUAGCGUAAGGUUUUGACAUACUCUAUAAGAUCUAGUAAGAUGCAUUUGAAAUCUAUUAUUAGAAAUUACUUUAGCAGCUGCACAAUUUUAAUACCCCAGUUUGUUCCCUCACUUCUCUUCCCAUCUCCCAACACAGCUUGCUGUAGUUUUAGACCACAAUGUGUUAACGGAAAUUAAGUCAGGCGUCUGGUCUUAAUACGGGGGUCGGCAACGUUCGGCCCGACCCUUUAAAGGAUGAGGCCGGCCAGGUGUAGUGCAAAUGAACGAUUUUAUUCAUUCAAAUAGGGAUUAUUUUUAGUUUGUGUUAUAACCGCAAAUUUUGUGUAUCUAUAUACAUCAAUUUUUGUGAACGAUACGCGCAAUUACGCUCACUCACCAUCAUAUUGGACUGAUAGAUUUAAAAUAGAAAUAAGUUUUAAAAAAAAGAAUUAACACGUAGUAUUUGGUAACGACUGAAUUUAAAAGAAUUGAUGUAAACAAACCCAAGUAAGGGGAAGCUUAUAAUGUCUAGAGCGACACAAAACUAUAUUCAGCUAUACACAAACGUGCACCCCUUCGAUAGAAUUUGUAAAAGAAUUCUUGGCGGGGCGCUCAACCCUCCUACCCAAUCCCCACCCCCCACCCACAUACGUUCGGGUGACGUCAGAGGGCGUCCUCACUUUCAGCUCCCUCACCAUAUCUUCGUCUAUCAGAUUUGAAACGACGGUUAAAACUUUUGAAGUUCAAUGAUGAGCAAUACAGAACGUCAGUCAUUGACUUUGAGAAUUGACCUGCAUUAGACAUAGAUAGUUCCUUUAAGACUUAUAACUGGACAUUUUAAGGAGUCAUAUCAAUAAAACAUACAUAGGCUAAGCUUGCGAUCAAUACCAAUAAAUAUGUCUCGAUAUCAUUGUAAUUACAUAAACUUACCAUGUUUUCUGGAUGCCAAGUACGGAAACAAAGGCUCAUAGCAACAGGAGACAUGGCAGCGGGUGGGGGGUGGUGGCGCAGAGGGGGGGGUGGCGUGGGGGGCACGAAAUAAAAACAACAAAUGGUGAUGUGCAUGAUUGUUUAAUAUCCUUGUGCACAUCAUUUUCCAACAAACUCUUGUGAAUUAUGGCAGCGGGUGGGGGGCGGGGGCGCAGAGGGGGGGGUGGCGUGGGGGGCACGAAAUAAAAACAACAAAUGGUGAUGUGCAUGAUUGUUUAAUAUCCUUGUGCACAUCAUUUUCCAACAAACUCUUGUGAAUAUUUUGCAGAUCGAUGAAUAGAUUUUAACAAAUUUCUAUUCUCAAAAAGUUUACCAUACAACUGGGGAAAUUUUAGAUCAAUGCUACAUUGAACAAGCAAAAUGCCUCUCAGAGUAAAAACUUUCGUGUGCGACUUGUAAGGCGUUCAAGCAUUUGUUUACCUGGGAGAAAGCUUGCGCCAGGAGUUCAGUCGUGCCGGGAAGGCUGAAUGAAACCUCGAGCAGUAGUUGCAAAUGUAAAGACAGUAUAUCCUUUUUAAUUCAACUGUUGGAAUAUUUGCACACAUUUUUUGAUCCCCAGAAAUGAUUUGCGAGUUCCAUUAUUCCGUCUUAACAGGCGACACAUUAAAUUUGUUUCACAUAAGCUGGCUUAUCAAAGAGAUUGCUAUCAACAAUUAUCCCUGGGAAGAUUUCAUUGACAUGCGCAGAUAGUCUCACGCUGUUUCAUUGGGGUGCCGCAGUAACGCCUAGGUUAACGAGGAAUGUGCCGCACGACGGCGCUGAAACGACUCAAUGGGCUGACCCUUGAGGAGAAAUAAAAUGACACAAAUUAAAUGGAAAUUUGGCAAGCAAGUCGUCGUUGAAAAAAGUACGGACAAGCCGAACGUCGAGGGGAAAGUACGGACAAGCCGGACGACGAGGGAAAAGUACGGACAAGCCGGACGUCGAUGGAAAAGUACGGACAAGCCGGACGACGAGGGAAAAGUACCGACAAAUACGACUGCAGCAUUUAGUACGGACAAGGGGGUCGAAAAUACCGUACUAAAUACGGACGUCUGGUAGCAUUAAAUUAUAUUGCAUAAAUUCCACCCCCUUCCCCCCCCCCCACCACGGAAUUUUCUUUUCCCUUACGAUAAUACUUUAAAAUACAUGUUUAACAAAUUUUAAAUUACUUUGACUCACUUCGACUCGACUGACACCAAGAGAUUCACUCACUUUGACUCGACUGACGCCAAGAGAUUCAUUCACUUCGACUCGACUGACGCCAAGAGAUUCACUCACUUUGACUCGACUGACGCCAAGAGAUUCACUCACUUUGACUCGACGGACGCCAAGAGACUCAUUCACUUUGACUCGACUGACGCCAAGAGAUUCACUUGCUUGGUAUUGAAACUUCUUCCUCUAUUAUAAAAAGAAACAACUAAAUUGUAUUUAUUAUAUCGUUAGGCCCAGGCACAUUUGAUUAAAAACAAAUUAAAAUGUAUGGAUUAUUUAUUGUCUUUUCCUUUAGAUUUUCAUUUUUAUUCUUCUUUUCGUUUCUUUAACUCCCGAGGAAAGAAUUCAACUUUUUGAUAAAGACAUGAAACACAAUUAUGCGAUAUCAUUGUGAAUCUGAAUAGGAACGGAUGGAGAAUAUAGCAACUUGCUCAUCUCAAAAUGUUGACAUGGUUGAUUACAAGCAAUACGGUGUUCGGAAAAGCAAUUCAUAUUCACAAGCUUCCCGAUUAAGUGUAGAACAGUGAUUCUCAACCUUCCUAAUGCCGCGACCCUUUAAUACUGAUUUAUAAAUACGUAUCCUUGAAAAGCCUGUGGUCUUCAACACCGUACUUACAGAAAAAGUCUGACGGAGUGCGCUCUUUUGAAGCGAUCGCGCAAAAAUUAUGGAAGGGUUUUCCUCAAUCUUUGAGGGGAAUUGAAAACGAUAAAAAAUCAUUUACGAAACAUUUAAAAACUUGUUUGUUUAAAUAGAUUUCGGAAAACCAGAGUGCAGUGAGCAUGCUAAAGUGGCAUGGAUACCAGCGCGAUAUAAAUAUCAAAAUUAAUCAAUCAAUCAAUCAAUCGAUACAGUUCUGUUGUGGCGACCCCCAACAACAAAAUUAAGUUCGUUACUACGUCAUAACUGUUGAGUAUAUAUGUUUUCCGUUGGUCUUAGGUGACCCCCGAGAAAAAGUCGUUCGACCCCCAAAGGGAUCGUGACCUACAGGUUGAGAACCGCUGGUGUAGAAUAAUGAAACACUUAUUUCAGGUGCCGCAAAAGAAGAAAUGCGUCAUUAUUUUUUCAUCUAUAACAUAAAUUAUGGUGAGGGACACGAUAACCCCAUCCCUUCCUUUCCCACUUGCCAUACGUCUCCCCCCCCCCACACACACAUACAUACUUGUUAAGGCAUGCUUUACCCUUUAACAAUUAAGAUAUUUUAGUUCAGAUCUCCAAAACUAUUGUUUCAUCCUCUUUUGCAGACUGAGUCUGGACUCUUAAAGCCCAUUACUAAUAGAUUGUUCGUUUUGAAUAGCCGGCUAACUUGUCAGCCAUUCCUCGUUGGUAAUGCUAGGUCUUUUUGUUGGCAACCAUGGCCUGACGUUUUAGUUUGUACGGCUUUGUUCUAGGGACUGGCAGUCUUAACCAACUAACCCCUUCCCGACCAACAAGCUCUGUAUACGGGUCCUCUGCAACGGACACAAUCCUACAAUCCCGACCUGACUGUCUAUAAAUAGAAUUGUCUUGAGUACCGAAGCAGCCUGUUCGCUCUGUUCGCUUUGUGACACAUUUAGUCCAACUCUUCUAAAGUCACUUUGUGACACAUUUAGUCCAACUCUUCUAAAGUCACUUUGUGACACAUUUAGUCCAACUCCUCUAAAGUCACUUUGUGACACAUUUAGUCCAACUCCUCUCAAGUCACUUUGUGACACAUUUUGUCCAACUUUUCUCUAGUCACUUUGUGAUACAUUUAGUCCAACUCUUCUCUCUUCAACUUGUGAUACAUUUAGCCCAACUCUUCUCUCUUCAACUUGUGAUACAUUUAGUCCAUCUCUUCUCUAGUCAACUUGUGAUACAUUUAGUCCAUCUCUUCUCUAGUCAACUUGUGAUACAUUUAGUCCAACUCUUCUCUCUUUAACUUGUGAUACAUUUAGCCCAACUCUUCUCUCUUCAACUUGUGAUACAUUUAGUCCAUCUCUUCUCUAGUCAACUUGUGAUACAUUUAGUAGAUCUCUUCUCUAGUCAACUUGUGAUACAUUUAGUCCAACUUUUCUCUCCUAAACUUGUGAUACAUUUAGUCCAACUCUUCUCUCGUCAACUUGUGAUACAUUUAGUCCAACUUUUCUCUCCAAAACUUGUGAUACAUUUAGUCCAACUUUUCUCUCCUAAACUUGUGAUACAUUUAGUCCAACUUUUCUCUCGUCAACUUGUGAUACAUUUAGUCCAACUUUUCUCUCCUAAACUUGUGAUACAUUUAGUCCAACUCUUCUCUAGACAAGUGAGGCACAUUAAGUCCAACUCUUGACAAUUCCCAUGGAGUAGAACAUUGAUUUUUCGUCACUUCGACUUCGAUUUUUUAUGAACUAUGGAAGUCGAUCGCCCGCUUUCCGUUCAAAUACAGAUGAAUUGUAAAGACAUUGUCCUUGUGUCGUGUAAUGAUUUGUUCAUUCCAUCUCUGUUUUCUUUCUUUCGGUCUGCCAGUUCACCUGCCUUGCUACAUAUCAAAUUUAUCAACAUAAACAAGGAUGACCGAAAACAAGACACAAUCUCCUCAAAGACACAAUCUCAUCUGUGACACAAUCUCGUCUAUGACAUAAUAUCGUCUAUGACACAAUCUUGUCAAUGUCAAAAUCUCAUUUAUGACACAUCCUCGUCUAUGACACAAACUCGUCUGUGACACAAUCUCGUCUGUGAAACAAACUCGUCUGUGACACAAUCUCGUCUGUGAAACAAUCUCGUCUUUGAAACUAUCUUGUCAAUGUCACAAUCUUGUCAAUGAUACAAUAUCGUUUAUGACACAAUCUCGUCUAUGCAAUGCCAACAUGGUAGAUUAUCCCCUUAAAGGGGUGCCAUAAGGAAAGCAUACCCCCAUAACAGGAUGCCAACAUGGUAGAUUAUCACUUUAACAGGGUGCCAACAUGGUAGAUAACCAUCAUAACAAGGUGGUAACACGGUAGAUAACCAUCAUAAUAGGGUGCCAAUAUGGUAGAUUACCACUUUAACAUGGUGUCAACAUGUAGAUUAGCAUCAUAACAGGAUGACAACAUGGUAGAUUACUAACAGAGCAAGCAGACUCGGGGGAAGUCCAUGCGGAGGUCUGGAUCGGGAUGACUCCAUGAGUUUACACCUCUAGGUGACAACAAUCCUAGUGACGCCACUAGGCAUAAGAUAAAAUAGGCGAUUGGGCCAAAAUGACUAAUGCAUGAUUUGAGGUGAGCUUAUAAUUCCAGCUGCCAAGCCCCUAAAGAUCACAACAUAAUGGUUGCCUAGACCCUACAGAUCUCAACAUAAUGGUUGCCUAGACCCCACAGAUCUCAACAUAAUGGUUGCCUAGACCCCACAGAUCUCAACAUAAUGGGUACCUAGCCCUUACACAUCACGACAUAAUGGCUACGUGUUUCUAUGACAUAGACCAGAUGCAGUAUAGUUAUAAAUUGUUUCCUAAAAUGGGAAGUACUUCAACCAAUUUAAAAAUACUUUUAAUGAUGUCUUUUGAGCCCUCCUUAUCCCUGACGUUUAUUUUUCCCCACUCGGGGUUAUCUUCCCAUUUCACCGACCAAUGUCUUCAGCUGUGGCCAAUUACAAUUUAUUUUGUGCACGGUUGUAUGUUUAAAACAUUCGUGUUGCCAUAAAGACUCAUUAAGUGGUGAUUUAAAAUGUCAAAUAUUUUUAUAUUAGUUCAAAGCUUCUAUAAUUAUGUCAUGGAUUACUUUAUGCAAGUGGUUUUCCACCUUCUUAAUGCCCCGACCUGUUAAUACUGUGCCUCGUGUUGUGGCGACCCCCAACAACAAAAUUAUUUUCGUUGCUACUUUAUAACUGUAGAGUGUAUGUGUUUUCCGAUGCUCUUAGGUGACCCCUGGGGAAAGGGUCUUUCGACCCCAAAGUGGUUGGGACCCAACGGUUGAGAACCACUGCUUUACGAAAAGAAAGUAUGUGCAAAAGAUAUUUUCAAAAAUUAAUAACAAUAAAACAUAUUACGUUUUGUUUAAACGCAUUUUGGGCUUUAUAGAGUGCUCAUUUACACUUCUGUACAGUCUCUCUUUGGCUAUAUAAAGUGCUCAUUUACACCUCUGUACAGUCUCUCUUUGGCGUUAUAGAGAGGCUCAUCUAGACUUCUGUACAUUCUCUCUUCGGUUUAAUAGAGUGCUCAUCUAGAAUUCUUUACAGCCUCUGUUUGGCUUCAUAGAGUUCUCAUAUAGACUUCUGUACAGUCUAUAUUUGGCUUUAUAGACUGCUCAUCCAGACUUCUGUACAUUCAUUCUUUGGCCUUAUAGAGUGCUCAUCUAGACUUCGGUACAGUCUCUCUUUGGUUUCAUAGAGUGCGCAUCUAGACUUCUGUACAGUCUCUCUUUAACUUCAUAGAGUGCGCAUCUAGACUUCUGUACAGUCUCUCUUUAACUUCAUAGAGUGCUCAUCUAGACUUCUGUACAGUCUCUCUUUAACUUCAUAGAGUGCGCAUCUAGACUUCUGUACAGUCUCUCUUUAACUUCAUAGAGUGCGCAUCUAGACUUCUGUACAGUCUCUCUUUAACUUCAUAGAGUGCUCAUCUAGACUUCUGUACAGUCUCUCUUUAACUUCAUAGAGUGCGCAUCUAGACUUCUGUACAGUCUCUCUUUAACUUCAUAGAGUGCUCAUCUACACUUCUGUAGUAUAUUCUUGCGUAGUGUAUGUUAAGAAUAUUUAUUUUUACCCUCCAUUUUAGUGUGUCUAAUUACGCGUUUGACAGAAAGUCUUUUUUUUAAGUUUAAAAAAAUAUGCUCAUUUUAUUUUUGGCCUUGCUUGACUGCGAUAAAGUUACAAAUCACUUCAAAUUUUAACGAAUAAAGAAAUGCUACUGCAAGAAUAGCCACCUUAUACGUCACAUUCUUUGAAAAAAUGUAUCCUUCAUUCUAAUUAGUCGUUAAAUCUUUGACAAGUCCUUCAACUCUAACCAGGUGCCAAAAGUCUAUACUUAGAGAGACAAGAUAUCGAGCCAGUUAUAAUCGAAUAAUUAUAAAGCCACUUUGAGUGUUACAACCUAAUCAAUAAAUGUAGUUGGCAAAUACGUGAGAGCAUAGACAGAGAAGUGAAAAUAGACAGAGAAGUGGGCAUAGACAAAGAAGUGAGCAUAUAGAAAGAAGUGAGCAUAGGGAGAGAAGUGAGCAUAGAGAUCGAAGAGAGCACAGACAGAGAAGUGAUCACAGACAAAGAAGAGAGCACAUAGAAAGAAGUGAGCAUAGGGAGAGAAGUGAGCAUAGAGAGAGAGAGAAGUUAGCAUAUAGAAAGAAGCGAGCAUAAGGAGAGAAGUGAGCAUAGAUAGAGAAGUGAGCAUAUAGAAAGAAGUGACCAUAGGGAGAGAAGUGAGCAUAGAGAGAGAAGUGAGCAUUGACAGAGAAGUGAGCAUAGACAGAGAAGUGAGCACAGACAGAGAAGUGAGCAUAGACAGAGAAGUAAGCACAGACAGAGAAGUGAGUAUAGACAGAGAAGUGAGCAUAGACAAAGAGGUGAGCAUAGACAGUAAGUGAGCAUAGAGAGAAAAGUGAUCAUAGACAGAGAAGUGAUCAUAGACAGAGAAGUGAUCAUAGACAGAGAAGUGACCAUAGACAGAGAAGUGAUCAUAGACAGAGAAGUGAUCAUAGACAGAGAAGUGAGCAGAGACAGAGAAGCGUGCAUUGAAAGACAAGUGAGCACAGAAAGUGCUUCUAAUAUAAUACAGAGAAAAUUCGAUCUUCAACCGAUUCUGAAGUAAAACUAUUUUGUUUACAAUUGUAUUUUAUGGAUUUUGAAUAACCGGGCGGGAAAAUUGUUCUUGGUUCUGUUCUUUUAUAAAGGUUUACCCACAGGCUGCCAACAAUUUUAAAAGAACCUAUUUUAUAGGAACAAAGAUACUCACGACCUAAAUAAAUAUUGUAAAAGAAAACAUAUAUAUCAUACAAGUUUCAAAGAAAACACAGUGACAUGUCAAAUAAGAGUUUUAAAGGUAGAAUAUAAAGAAAAGUUUCAAACUUCAGCAGGAGAUCAGUAAAAAAGAAAAAUUCCUUAAAAUCAAUAUUUUUUUAUUGCUUACUAAUUCGGCCGGUGACCCUACCGAAAAGCCUUACAUAUGAGUAACCCACAUCAGCCCACAGUUACCCACAUCAGCUGACACUAACGCACAUCAGCCCCCAGUAACCCACAUCAGCCCACAGUGAGGCACAUCAGUCCACUGUAACCCACAUCAGCCCACACUAACCCACAUCAGCCCACUGUAACCCACAUCAGCCCACACUAACCAACAUCAGCCACACCACCUUAAUCAUCCUACCCACUAGUCUACAACAACUCAAUCCAUCCUGCUCGCUCGCUGCAUCUCCACUUAAUCCAGCUUUCAUCAUCCAACAUUGUUUCCAUGAAUUCCCCCGUAUCCACUAAAUAUCUCAAUGCUUUUCAGGAUCCCAAAGACCUGAUCCCUGCCAUCAGUCACAUGAUCUCACUGAACCCUACACCUGGACAACCUGUAGAAUUGACCUUCGGUCACUACCUG